CGAUGACGUAGGAAGUCUGUGUUUUCUCUGGUUCUUCGUGUAAUGGCGUUGGUCAUCGAAGAAUGAAGCAGAAUCUGAAAUAUUGACCGCUAGUUGUGGCUAUUUCGGCUCCGAUUCGACAGGGCAGUCUGUCAGGAUUUUAAUAAUACCCAAUAUAUUUUACCCCUAUCGAGAUAUUUUCGCUGGUUGAAGUUGUUUGAAGGAAGACUUUAGACCCGAUGUAUCCGUCAUGGGGUCGGUAUGGUGGGGGAGGGGCACAUCUUCCGUAUUAUGGCGGAGCCGCUCAGCCUCCACUACCUCAAGGGCCUCGUGUGCCGGCACCAGGCAUGGUGGUUGGCGUUGGCUCUACCCUGAGCCCAACCACCGUACCCCCGCCCGUUCCCAGUGCCGGUUUGGCAUCCAAUUUCCAGACGCUCAGACAACAGCACCUUCAGCAGAUGCAGCAGCUGCAACAAAUGCACCAGCAGCAGUUACAGUCGGUGCUGCAGCAUCCUGCCCAUCAAAACCUUCCACCUCCGUCCAUACCACCACCACCAUUGCCGCCUCAUCUGCAGCAACCUCCACCGCCUCAGACCCUCUGGGACACCAGCAGUACCCAAAACCAACUAACUCAGACUAACCAACCCACUCAGCAACAUCCAGAUUUCUCCUCGGUGGCUUUACAGUCAGCAACAGCAAGUACUGUGACACCUGGUGACAAGAAGUCCAAUGAUUUUUCCAAAGCGAUAAACGGCUCCUAUCAGCAACAACAGUAUUGGUACCAGCAGCACAUGCAAAACCUACAGAAGCAUGGGAACAAACAGUAUGGAGGACAGCAUGAACAGAACCAGAGUGUUGAAAUGAAUCAGAGCAGUGACUCUGUGCAGCAGAAAGCAGAUGAGGCCAAAACCCCUUAUGCUACUCAGCCACCUCUGCCACCAGCUCCACCUUACGAGGCUCCCAAAACACAACCACCACCUCCACCUCCCAAAGAAGAGAUACCACCCCCCCCACCACCUGAAGAAGCAAAGCCUACUAUUCAACCUCCAGAGAAUCCCGAGGAAGCAGAAAGAUUGAAAAUGUUGCAGGCAGCCGCAGCUCAGUGGCAACAACAACGCAUAGAAUAUCAGCAGCAGAACAUGAUGCAACAACAUAAUCAACUACAGCAACUCCUGCAACAGUACCAACAGUUGAUGCAGCAAAUACAGCACAUACAGUCAUUGCCUCUGGAGAUGCAGAUGAGACACUUAGAAAUGCAGCAGCAACAGUUUAUUCCUCUGUAUCAAGAAUGGCAGCGACAAUUUCAGAUCUGGAAGGCACAGCUCCAAGCAUAUCCAAAUAAAGAUCAGCUCCAACAGUAUGAAACUCAGUGGAAUCAGUGGCAAGAGCAAAUGGUAUCAACAAAUCAUCACUUCCAGGAAAGAAUGGAUGCUCUUAGAAAUGUUCAACAGCAGUACAUGAACAGUCAAUCCCAGAGUUAUUUGGGAAAUACAUCAAACAGUCUGAUGUCUCAGGUUCCACCAAUGCCACCCAUGGGAUUUCCUCCAACACCACCAAUAGCUAGUUCUUCUGUAGUUUCAACACAAGGAACAACAAACUCACCAGCAGAUCCAGCUUCUUCAGAACCAGAAAGCCCACCUGUUUCCAGGGCUCCUCCAGUGGUUUCUCAGGCCCCACCAUCAUUAUCUCAAACUCCUUUGCCAGUGACUCAAGCACCUCCACCAAUGACAAUGGUGCCUCCACCAAUAACUGUGCCACCUCCACCAUUGACUAUUCCUCCUCCACUAAUGAAUAUACCUCCACCACCAAUAACUCUGGCCCCUCCGCCGGUCUCCCUGGCCCCUCCGCCGGUCUCCCUGGCCCCUCCGCCGCUCUCCCUGGCCCCUCCGCCGGUCUCCCUGGCCCCUCCACCAGUUUCCCAGAGUCUGUCAUCAGCAUAUCAGGCUGCUACUCCAGUUUCUCAGAACACUACGGCUGUCACAGAACAGAAGAGACCUUUGAUUCCAACACCACAUUCUGAAGAAAAAGCAUCUUCUUCAGGUUCAAAUACACAUAAUAGCCGAUUUGUGAUAUCUGGGAUUAAGUCAUCUGAGCUAUCGCAAAGUGGACUGCGGUCUGAAGACCACAGGAUGUCAAGGUUUGAUGGACCACAUGGGAGAGGAAUGCAAAAAUUUGAAGAACCAGGAGCAAGGGGAAGUUCUCAUUCACGUUUUGAUUUAAGGUGCCCUAGAUUUCAAGGUCACCAAUUUGAAGAGCCUAACACAAGAUUUGAAGGACAGGCUUUAGGCCAGCGUAGUGAGGGUGAGACUACAAGCCAGCACACUGAGAAUAAGUCUGCAAUUCCAGUUGCUGAGAGUGAACUUGUAAAUCAGUUUGUCAAGGAUUCUGCUGUAGGUCAGCAAGUUGGUGAUGAAGUCCCUAGCCACCACCAUGAAGCUGAGGCUGUGAGUCAGGCUCCUGGCAAUCAUUUUGAAAAGCAGCCUCCGAGCAACCGCUUCGAAAGGCAACCUCCUGGCAAUCGCUUUGAAAGGCAGCCUCCCAACAAUCGUUUUGAAAAGCAGCCUUCUGGCACUUGCAUUGAGAAACAGAGUUCUGGUACUCCCAUUGAAAAUCAGGCUCCCAAUAAUCGAUUUGAGAAACAGGACCCCAAUGAUCUUACUGAGGAAGAGAACCAUGAGAAGGCAGGUCCGAGCAAUCACCUUGAGAAGGAGGGACCAGGAAGUCACCCUGAGAAGGGGGAUCCCGGCAGCCACCCUGAGAAGGGGGAUCCCGGCAGCCACCCUGAGAAGGGGGAUCCUGGCAGCCACCCUGAGAAGGGUGAUCCCGGCACCCACCCUGAGAAGGAGGAUCCCAGCACCCACCCUGAGAAGGGGGAUCCCGGAAGCCACCCUGAGAAGGGAGAUCCCGGCAGCCACCCUGAGAAGGAGGGACAUAGUAGAGUUGAAAAGGAAGGUCCAGACAAUGUUGCCAAGAUGCAGGGUCUCGCAAAUCGUGUUGAGAAACAAGAUAAACACUUUGGGGAGAAGAUGCCUAGUAAUCGCCUAGCUGAACAGAGUCCAGACAAUCACCCCAGGAAGCAGAGUCCCACUAAUUGCUCGGAGAUUCAGGGCCCAAGCAGUUGUAUUACUGACCAUAGUACCAUUAAUCGCACUGAAAACCAGGGUCCAGACAGCUGCUUAGAGAAGCAGGGUACUAGUAUUGGUGUUGAAUCAUUAGAGUCAGUUAAUCGUUUUGAUAAGCAGGGCCCAGGCAAUCGUAUUGAGGCUGAGGAUGAUGUUGUUGACUCCGAACGUCUCGGCAAUCAUUUUGUGAGCCAUGGUAAAGCGAAUCAAAAUGAAGACCAAAUUCUUGGUGGUCGUCUUGAGGAUAACCGCUUUGGCGGCCAGGGGAGUAAUCGCUUUGGCGGCCAGGGGAGUAAUCGCUUUGGCGGCCAGGGGAGUAAUCGCUUUGGCAGGCAGGGAAGUAAUCGCUUUGGCGGCCAGGGGAGUAAUCGCUUUGGCGGCCAGGGGAGUAAUCGCUUUGAGGGCCAGGGGAGUAAUCGCUUUGGGGGCCAGGGGAGUAAUCGCUUUGGGGGCCAGGGGAAUAAUCGCUUUGAGGACCAGGGGAGUAAUCGCUUUGAGGGCCAGGGGAAUAAUCGCUUUGACGGCCAGGGACCCACUGGUCACUUUGAUGGCACAGGGCACAGGGGUCGCUUUGAGGGCCCAGGCCCAGGAGGUCGCUUUGAAGUCCCAGGCCCCGAGAGUCACUUUGAGGGACCCGGACCCGGGGGACCCUUUGAUGGUCCAGGACUCCGGGGCCGCUUUGAGGGCCCUGGACAUGGGAAUUGCUUUGAGGGCCAAGGUCCCAGGAAUCGCUUUGAGGGCCAGGGUCCUGAAGGUCACUUUGAGGGCCAGGGUCCCAGGGAUCGCUUUGGAGGCAAGUGCCUCGAGGAUCACUUUGGGGGCCAGGGCCCCGGGGAUCACUUUGGGGGCCAGGGCCCCGGGGAUCGCUUUGGGGGCCAGGGCCCCGGGGAUCGCUUUGGGAGCCAGGGCCCAGGGAGCCGCUUUGGGGGCCAGGGUCCCGCGGGCCGCUUUGAGGGCCAGGGUCCCGAGGGCCGCUUUGAGGGCCAGGGUCCCGAGGGCCGCUUUGAGGGCCAGGGUCCCGGGGGCCGGUUUGAGGGCCAGGGUCCCGGGAGCCGGUUUGAGGGCCAGGGUCCCGGGGGCCGGUUUGAGGGCCAGGGUCCCGGGGGCCGGUUUGAGGGCCAGGGUCCCGGGGGCCGGUUUGAGGGCCAGGGUCCCGGGGGCCGGUUUAAGGGCCAGGGUCCCGGGGGCCGCUUUGAGGGCCAGGGUCCCGGGGGCCGCUUUGAGGGCCAGGGUCCCGGGGGCCGCUUUGAGGACACUGGCCGCGGGGGCCGCUUUGAGGACCCUGGCCGCGGGGGUCGCUUUGAGGGCCAGGGAUCAUGCGGCGGUCGCUUUGAGGGCCAGGGAUCAUGCGGCGGUCGCUUUGAGGGCCAGGGAGCAUUCAGGAGUCGCUUUGACGGCCAGGGAGCAUCUGGAAAUCGCUUUGAAAGCCACAGGGGCCCUGGAGAUCACUUUGAGAGCCAGGGCCCAUUGGACCCUUUUGAGGGCCAGGGCCCAGGGGGUCGCUUUGAGGGCCAAGGCCAUGGAGAUCGCUUUGAGGGCCAGGGCCGGGGGGGUCGCUUUGAGGGCCAAGGCCACCAUGGCGGAGAUCGCUUUGAGGGCCAGGGCCGGGGUGGUCGCUUUGAGGGCCAGGGCCGGGGGGGUCGCUUUGAGGGCCAGGGCCGGGGGGGUCGCUUUGAGGGCCAGGGCCGGGGAGGUCGCUUUGAGGGCCAGGGCCGGGGGGGUCGCUUUGAGGGCCAGGGCCGGGGGGGUCGCUUUGAGGGCCAGGGCCGGGGGGGUCGCUUUGAGGGCCAGGGCCGGGGGGGUCGCUUUGAGAGCCAGGGCCGAGGAGGACAUUUUGAUGGCCCGGGCCGAGGGGGUCAUUUUGAGGGCCCCGGCCAGGGAGGUCGCUUUGAAGGCCAGGGCCGGGAAGGUCGCUUUGAGGGCAAGACUCCAAUCAAUCAUUUUGAGGGCCGGGGUCCUGGUAUUCACUUUGAAGGUCAAGGUCCUGGAGGGCAUUUUGAGGGCCAAGGCCCUGGACCUCAUUUUGAGGGGCCAAAUCAAGGAAGGCACUUUGAAGAACAGGGUUCAAUGGCCCGUUUUGAAUGCCAGGAGCGAGGUGGCCGCUUUGAUAGCCUGCAACCAGGGGCUCGUUUUGAAGGCCACUCCGCUGGUCAUGGGCAACAUUUUGACGGUUUUGGUACAUCGUCACAUUUUGAUGCCCAGGGCCAGUCCUUUGAAUGUCCUGGUGCAGCUCACUGGUUUGAGCUUCCAGGUCAAGGGCAGCAUAUUGAAGGCCAGGGACCAGGGCAGUCCCUUGAAAGCCAGGGACAAGGGCAACGUCUUGAAGCCUCUGGUGCAAAGUUUCAUACUUCACAGUUUGACGGCCCGAAGGUCCCAGGAUUAACUGGGCCUCGUGGGCAUUUCCCCACUGGACUUUGUGUUUCUGGUCCAAGACCCAAAGGCCUUCAGGUUACAACUGAACAAAUGGGACAAAGUUUAAAAGCGCCCCAGUCUUCUCAUCCAUCAUUAGAACAAGUUGAGGAUCAAACAAAACACGCUGGAGUCCAGGAGCACGAGACAGCAACUGUAGGCAAGGAUGUAAAACAAAAUACUGAUAAAGUAUCAUCAGCUUCAGUGGAACAUAAAGAUGAAAAAAGUCUUUCCCAUACACCAUUGGCUACUACAGGUCAUAAAAAUUCAGAUUCAUGUGGAACUAAAGAUUUGAAAAAAAAUGUUAAUUUAUCUAAAUCACAUGAAAUUCAGAAAAGAAAAGAUAGUUCUGAGUCAGCAACUUCUUCAGUAACUAUCACUCAGGACCAGAAAGAUCCAGUUGUGCAAAGUGCAUCUAAAACACUGCCUUCCAAUUCAUCAGCUGCUACAAAGGCUGUAUCUGAGAAAUCAGAGACAAAAAAUGUAGAUGCCAAUAAAAGGUUUGAAUCUGUACCAUUGCAUCCAAGUAGUGACCGAGCAAAAGGCCCAGAGCAUCGGCAACACGUUGGCAAAGAUUAUUCCUCCAUCCGCAAAAAUGAUGUUGACAGUAAUAAAAAUGGCCCAGAAAUAAGGCCAUUGCUACAUCACAGGAUGGAAAUACAGGGACAUUGGCAUCAGGAGGAAGGUAGACCUUUGGAUGAUCAUUUCUCUGGAACAAGGGGAGGUUCAGCUUUUGAAAGAGAGAGGACACUGUCUUGGGAAAGGGGAAAUUGGACUGACACUGGUUCAGACUUUUGGGAUGAAAGGGAUCCAUUUAGACGAGAGGAGUGCUCACUUCUUCGGCGACCACCUCUGCCUCAUGAAAUUUUAGACAGAAGGGAAAUUCGAGCUCCACAUCAAAUUGAAGUGUUUGACAGAGGCUUUGACAGAGAAUUUGACAGGAGUGGAAGGCCACGUGAACAUGGGUUUAGCAGAGAUAAUGAACAUGAUAGAGAAUACUUCCACAGACAACGGGAAGAAUGGGAUGUUCGUGGUUCUCCCUUACACCCACGGCCAGAUAGAUGGAGAGAGGAAUCUUGGAGGGAUGAAAAAGAACGGGGCUACCAUCAUGAACAAGAACGGGAGAUGUGGGGUCCAGACUAUGCAGAGAGGCCAGACUGGAGGAGGGAUGAACGUGAUUAUCCUCCAGAAAGGCUUGGAUGGCAGAGAGAACAGAUGGAUGAAAGAAGAUAUCCAGAUACAGACAGCAGGCGGUUACCCUUUGACAAUUUGCGAGAGAUGCCAUCACAGACUGGUCCUGUUCGUGCACCUGUUCCACCUGAACAGCCACCAGUGCCUUUCUCUGAAAAGCCCAUGGUAGACCAAACACCUGGUGAACAAAAUAUAGUUGCAUUGUCAGAAAGAGAACAUGAAAUCAUCUUGAAAGCAGCUCAGGAACUGAAAUUAUUACGUGAGCUGCAGGAGAUUGAGAGAGUACCUCUUCUUCCGAGUAAAACUGAUUCAACAGGAAUUCCUCCUGUAAUUCAAGAUUAUCAGAAUACUAAAACUGGUCAAGACUUUUACAAGGAUAUGUCAAGCAAUGAAAGCUCCUUACUUGGCCCUGUACCACCUGAAAAUCCCAUCCAGUCAGAGCGUUGGGACACAGAUACGUUCCAUGGUUUGUGGGACUCAGGAACUGAGCCCAAAAAUCCUGAUUCCAAUUAUGCUUACAGUGAACCUUCGCUGGUAUCUACCAAUUCACUGAACAAACAACCACCUGUUCAGAAAACUGUCGAUUAUGGACACGGGCGUGAGGUAGGAAGCGGAAGAAUUGAGCAGAUCCCUUAUGGAGAACGAGUUUCACUCGGUCCUGAGCCAAUGCGAGAACGGAUGUAUGACAAAGAUUCUCUAGGUCCUCGAGAUCGUUAUGGGGAACGAGAGUCAUUUCUGGAAAGAAGAGAUCCAUUCUUGGAUCGGCGAGACUAUGAUAGAGAGCGUGACCUAUACAGGGACAGGUCAGUGGGAGAUUACGAGAGGGAAGGAUUUGAACGUGACCGAUUUGGGCGUGAGGAUAGAAUGUCUCAUGGUCCAUCCACUCGUUCAAGUGGAUAUCACAACUAUCCAGACAAUAAGGAUCACUUCAACCGAGGGGGUUUUGACAGACCGCAGUUUGAACGUCUAUCUGAUCGACCACCGUUUGAUCACCCACCUGGUGGUUUUGGAGGUGAAAGGCGGGGCUACUCUGAUGAACGGAUUCCGCCCUCAGCCCCCCAUCCGUCACAUCCUCCUCCACGUGUUGAAAAGAAACCAGAAAGUAAAAAUGUUGAUGAUAUUCUAAAAAUGCCUGGCAGGCAGAGCCGGCCUGAUAGGAUUGUAGUUAUUAUGCGAGGACUCCCUGGAAGUGGGAAGACGCAUGUUGCUAAACUCAUUCGUGAUAAAGAGGUAGAGUAUGGAGGAGCUGCGCCACGCGUCCUCAGCCUGGAUGAUUACUUUAUGACUGAGGUGGAAAAAGUAGUGAAGGACCCAGACAGUGGCAAGCGAAUCAAAAAGAAGGUCCUCGAGUAUGAAUAUGAGCCAGAAAUGGAGGACACAUACAGGAGCAGCAUGUUUAAAACAUUCCGAAAAACACUAGAUGAUGGCUUUUUUCCCUUCAUCAUUGUCGAUGCCAUCAAUAACAGGGUGAAACAUUUUGAGCAGCUAUGGAGUGCAGCCAAAACUAAAGGCUUUGAGGUUUAUAUCGCAGAAAUGAGUGCAGAUAAUCAGACCUGUGCCAAGAGGAACAUUCAUGGACGUAAACUGAAGGAAAUCAACAAGAUGGCUGAGCAUUGGGAUUCAACUCCCCGUCACAUGUUACGUUUAGACAUCAGAUCACUGCUCCAAGAUGCUGCAAUUGAAGAAGUUGAAAUGGAGGAUUUUGAUCCAAAUACGGAGCAGCAGCCACAGCAACAAGAAGAACAGCAACAAGAGGACUCUAAGAAGGAUGUCGCUGAUGAUGAAGAGUGUGAGACGGGUUUCGUGACAAAAAGCAAAUGGGAAAUGGACACAUCGGAAGAAAGUCUAGACAAGCUGGAUGGAUUGAGAAGCAGCAAUAAACGGAAGCGAGGUUGGCAUGACAGCAUUGCACAUCGACUGGAGGAUUACCUUCAGCUUCCUGAUGACUAUAAUACACGUUCUUCAGAACCUGGAAAGAAACGGGUGAGAUGGGCAGACUUGGAAGUGGAGAAGGAUGCUGAGCGAAAACGAGCCAUAGGAUUUGUGGUUGGACAAACAGAUUGGGAGAAAAUAACAGAUGAAAAGGGUGAAUUAGCCCAGAGAGCAUUGAACCGCACUAAAUAUUUCUAAGAAAAAUAAUUCAACUGUUUUUACAGUGAGGCUCCACAAUAACAGUGGAGAAGUCUGGCAAAAGAUCUUUUGUAGAGGUUGGACAGAUGAGAAAUUUCACACGUCGUUUUGAGUUUUUGUUUUAUUUUACUGUUACACUGUACGAGCACUAGACUAUAUAGGUGGUUGACUUCUUAUUAGCAGCCUGUGAGAAUAUUUUUUAAAAGGUUAAUCGAUAGUGUUAUCCAAAACUACAUUGAAAACACAUUAAUUGUAAUCGAGUGUGUCCUGAGCCUGCUAUCAUGGCUUUGCCUCAUCAGCUCGUGUUUUUUUUUAUAUACUGUAUUGCUGUAUUGUUCCUCUUUCUGUCAUGCCAACUGUAAUUUGAAGGAGCAAUAAAGUUAACUUGAAACCAUGGAA